AUGGCAAAUGCUACCACUUGGGAUGAUUUUAAGGAGUUGAUGAGGGAGGAGUAUUGCCCUCGAGAUGAGGUACAGAAACUAGAGAAUGAGUACUACAAUCUGGAAAUUCAAGGGUCUGAGAUUGAAGCAUAUACGAGGAGUUGUAGUAGCCAGGAUUUAACCAUUGCCACUAGAAUUAGUUAUCCAGACAAUAAUUUGGUCGAAUUGGAAACCAAAAAGGGGGAAGAUGAUCGAGCUGUUUUAUUGGAAGGAGGCCUCACAAAAUCACCAUCGUUGAAACAACCUGCUGCUUCCAUUAAAGCUAACUUAAUUAGUCAUUCAGACAAUAAUUUGGUCGAAUUGGAAACCAAAAAGGAGGAAGAUGACCGAGCUGUUUUAUUGGAAGGAGGCCUCACAAAAUCACCAUCGUUGAAACAACCUGCUGCUUCCAUUAAAGCUAACUUAAUUAGAUUUGUGACUAUGGAGGAUUCAUUUUUGCUCGAGAAUCGAGCAACCUUGAGGGCAAUGUCAGAAUUUGGUGGAAUUUUGUUUUAUUUCUACAUAUGUGAUCGCACCAGUUUGAUUGUUGAAUCUACAAAGAGCUACAAUCGCGAUCUUUUCCUAUUCCUAUACGCUCUUCUUAUAAUAGUUUCAGCAAUGACUUCCCUUAAGAAACAUAGUGACAAGUCAGCAUUCUUUAGAAAAUCGAUACUCUACCUCAAUCGACAUCAAACAGAAGAGUGGAAAGGAUGGAUGCAGGUUCUCUUUUUGAUGUAUCAUUACUUUGCUGCUACGGAGAUAUAUAAUGCUAUCCGUGUGUUUAUCGCUGCAUAUGUCUGGAUGACUGGUUUCGGAAACUUCUCAUACUAUUACAUCCGCACACAUGUCCUCACUUUAUUUACAUUAAAGUUAAAGCCUAAUCCAGAUUCCACUGGAAGCUUUGCUAUUUCUCAUGGUUGCACUGAAGUGGCAGCCCAAGCAUGUAGUUUGGUUGACUUUGAGCAUAAAAGGAGAAAAGUUGUGGCUGUUUUAAAGUUCUUUGGUGAGCUUAAAUGA